GCUCUGGCUUGGCUUUUGGCAGCCAUUUCUUCACCCCUCCAAACACUUCUUCAACCAUUCCUUCCUCGUUAUUAUUAUACAACUUAUACUUCUCUUUAAUAUCAACAGACAAACUUAAUAUAUAAUUUUUUAUUUAAUUAUUACUACACUUGUAUAUAUCCUUAUCAAGAAUUCCCUAUUCAACUUCUGUACAGCUGUUUUUCUUUCAUUUCCUUGGAAAAUCAGCAACUUCUUCCAUCGGUUCUGGAGUAUUUUGGGGUUUUUAUUGAAUGAUUUUUGUUUGUUUUGAGAUUAGUAGAAGAGGUUGUAGAUGUUGAGUGAUUGCAGAAGAAGAAGGAGGUGAAUUGAGGUUGAAUUAUAUGGAUAAUCUAUGUUGCUUCAAUUCUGUUUAUUCUCAGGUUGUGGGGGGACGCUCUUCAUCUAGCUCAGGCAAGGGUAGGAGCCAUCAGGGUCCAGUCAAGUAUGGUUUUAGCCUAGUUAAAGGAAAAGCAAAUCAUCCAAUGGAGGAUUUUCAUGUUGCAAAGUUUCUUCAAUUCCGAGGACAUGAGCUUGGACUUUUUGCCAUAUAUGAUGGACAUUUGGGAGAUACUGUGCCUGCCUAUCUACAAAAGCAUUUGUUUCCCAAUAUCUUAAAGCAUGAGGAGUUUUGGACUGAUCCCCGCACAUCCAUUUCCAAAGCCUAUGAGAGGACAGACCAGGCAAUUCUGACACACAGUCCUGACUUGGGACGAGGUGGGUCCACUGCUGUCACUGCCAUUCUAAUAAAUGGGCAGAAGUUAUGGGUAGCCAAUGUUGGAGAUUCACGAGCAGUUCUUUCAAAGGGAGGGCAGGCAAUACAGAUGAGUAUCGAUCAUGAGCCUAACACUGAGCGAGGCAGCAUUGAGGAUAGAGGUGGCUUUGUCUCGAACAUGCCAGGAGAUGUUGCUAGAGUAAAUGGACAACUGGCAGUUUCCCGUGCUUUCGGAGACAAGAACCUCAAAUCACACCUCCGAUCUGAUCCUGAUAUACAGGAUGCUGAUAUUGAUUCAGAUACUGAUCUUCUUAUCCUUGCAAGUGAUGGUCUUUGGAAGGUCAUGUCUAAUCAAGAGGCAGUUGAUAUUGCAAGAAAAAUAAAGGAUCCACACAGGGCAGCCAAGCAACUAGUAACUGAGGCAUUGAACAAAGACAGUAAGGAUGACAUCUCCUGUAUUGUAGUACGGUUCAAGGGGUAAAACUCAACUGAAAACAAUCCUCGGAUUGAAGGAGGGAUAUGUAUAUCGCGGUUUCUAUAAGAUGAAAUGCAAAUUUUAUAGAUCAACACUGUCAGGUUAAUUUCAUGAAUCCAACAUAAAUUUGGAAAAUGUUUUUAAAAUAUCAUAUUUAUUUCGGUUUCCCACCUGUUGUAAAAUCAAAUUUCUGGCAAUUAGGUUGUGAGGUUUUGAUAUUGUUUGAUUUCUUCAAUGUGUAGAUUUGUACCAUCAUUUUCUUUGUAAUUUUAGCGCGAUUUAAAGCUUUUUAAAUGGCAUUGGAUUUAUAUAUAUAGAGCUAAAUUGGAUGUUAGCAACUA